AGCAGCAUAUACAUCAGUAGUACACUUGGGGAUCCAGGUCAAACUACUGUUGAACCAUGGCAAAGCGGGCCACCUCUUCUGUGGCACUAGCACUGCUAGGGUGCGUACUGUGGACUGCGGUAAAUGCUCAUAUUCCACCAUGGCCACCUGCUGAUCCAAAGGGACACCCAAAAUGGCCUCCUCCCUUCAUCCCAGGGGUUCCUGCACCUCGUCCAGAAAAUCCACCACCCUUCAUCCCAGGGGUUCCUGCACCUCGUCCAGAAAAUCCACCACCCUUCAUCCCAGGGGUUCCUGCACCUCGUCCAGAAAAUCCACCAUCCUGGCCUCCCUUCUACCCAGGGGUUCCUGCACCUCGUCCAGAAAAUCCACCAUCCUGGCCUCCCUUCAUCCCAGGGGUUCCUGCACCUCGUCCAGAAAAUCCACCCUCCUGGCCUCCCUUCAUCCCAGGGGUUCCUGCACCUCGUCCAGAAAAUCCACCCUCCUGGCCUCCCUUCAUCCCAGGGGUUCCUGCACCUCCCCAGAACCCAGGGAUUCCUCCACAACGUCCAGAAAAUCCACCAACCUGGCAUCAUCCACAUCCACAAUGGCCCCACCAACACCCAAAAUUUGACAAUGAUCAGCCAGGCCCUAAAAUACCACAAAAGCAACAGAACCAACAUAACCAACAUAACCAUCAGAACCCACAAACCCAGAUUAUCGAUCCAAAUUUGCCCGUUGUCCAGAACUGUGAUGUGUCUACAAACGUCAGAGUCCCAUGUGGAGCUCCUGGAAUCUCCGCUAGUGGAUGUGGAGCCAUAAACUGCUGCUUCGACGGCAGCCAUUGCUACUAUGGAAAAGCAGUCACCGUUCAGUGCACCAAGGACGGACAGUUCAUUGUUGUUGUGGCCAGAGAUGCCACUCUGCCGUGGAUCGACCUCGACUCAAUCUCACUGUUGGGAGAUGGGCCAAACUGUAAAUAUGUGGAUUCUAAUUCGGCCUUUGUCAUCUAUAACUUCCCCGUCACCGCUUGUGGCACCGUUGUUAGGGAAGAACCUGGUGUUAUAAUCUAUGAGAACAGAAUGACCUCCUCAUAUGAAGUUGGAGUUGGGCCUCUUGGAGUCAUUACCAGAGACAGUCACUAUCAAUUGCUCUUCCAGGCUCGGUACAUCGGUACCGCCGUUGAAACUUUGGUUGUAGAAGUAUUACCACCUAAAGACCCUCCUCUUCCAGUUGCCGCUUAUGGACCAAUCAGAGUAGCCCUGAGGUUGGCCAGUGGAGUGUGCUCUACAAAGGGUUGUAAUGAGGUGGAUGCUGCCUAUACUUCAUUCUAUACGGAUGCUGACUAUCCCGUGACGAAAAUACUGAGAGACGCGGUGUACGUGGAGGUUCAACUCCUUGAAAAGACGGAUCCCAACCUUGUCCUGACUCUUGGACGUUGUUGGACAACCACAAGCCCCGCCCCUCACACUUUGCCCCAGUGGGACAUCCUGGUUGACGGGUGUCCAUACACACAUGAUCACUACUUGUCCUCACUGGUGCCUGUCACUCCCUCUUCUGUUAGCGGCGUGUACAGUCACUUCAGGCGUUUCUUUUUCAAAAUGUUUACCUUCGUCGAGCCCAAAUCAAAGAAGGCUACGAGUCAACAGGUGUACAUUCACUGCAGCACGGCUGUGUGCAUUGCGAGACCGGGCUCCUCUUGUGAACCGACAUGCUACAAAAAGGCAAAGAGAGACGUUGAGGCCGCGGAGCAGGACAGGGCGGAGCCAAAGGUCGUGGUGACCGUUGGACCAGUGGAGAUGAGUGUGCAGUAAACAGCACUCUAAACUCAAGAAUUUGGCUGAGAUUAAAUAGAAUAUUUGAAUAUGACAUAAUGUGUAUUUUAAUAAAUGCAAAAAUAAUACAAAAGUGUGCUGCAGUAAGAAUGAAAUUGAUCCCUAAAAAUGUUGUAGACACAUAUUGUAUUAAAAGAUAUUGGCUUUGA